GUUACUCUAUGCCACAAAAGUAAAGCUUGGAUUUCCACCAAGGGAGUUUACUAUUCAGAUUGAUACCAGAAAUGACGUCUUAUGGGUUAACUAUAAUCCUUGUAUUGGUUGCUCUCAUUCCAAUGGAGUUGGGGUCAGGAUAAUUUUUUUUGACACAACUAGUUCAUCCACGGCUGCACUAGUACAUUGCUCGGACCCAAUAUGCCCUCUCGCGGUUAAAGGUGCGCAAGUUAAAUGCUCUCAUAAGGAUAAGCAUAACCAGUGCAACUACUCUUUUCUAUUUCAAGAUGACAGUACUACCUCCGGGUUUUAUAUCUUCGAUGACAUGUAUUUUCACAAGAUCAUCGGGAAGUCUUCUCCGACUAGUGUUAACUCCUCAACCACCAUUCUCUUUGGGUGUAGCACCCAUGUAUCUGGAAUUUUGACCAAGACGGCAACAGCGAUUGAUGAAAUCUUUGGGUUUGGCCCUAGUGAUGUAUCAGUUGUAUCACAAUUGUCAUCACAAGGAAAAACACCCAAAGUUUUCUCUCACUGUUUGAAAGGAAAUGGCAAAGGAGGAGGAAUUCUAGUUAUUGGUGAAAUUUUGGAGCCCAGUAUUGUUUAUAGUCCAAUGGUCCCAUUGCAAUAUCAUUACGUCUUAAAACUCCAUAGCAUUUCUGUCAAUGGGUAUCUUCUUUCAAUUAAUCCAGCAGUAUUUGCAACAUCGUACGACCAAGGAAUUGCAGUUGACAGUGGUACAACAUUGGCAUAUCUUAUUCAAGAAGCUUAUGAUCCUCUUGUUAAUGCCAUAACUACUGCUGUGUCACAUCUUGGCAGCCAUGCUAUUUCAGAAGGAAGUCCUUGCUGUCUGGUUUCAACCAAUAUAGAUAUUUUUCCUUCAGUCAACUUUAACUUUGUGGGUGGAGCGCCCAUGGUUCUAAAACCAGCACAAUACCUUGUGCGCAAUGAUUUCAUGGUAUGCAUUGAAUUCGCUUCAACGUGGUGCAUUGGUUUUCAAAAAACACAAGGUGGACCUUCAAUGUUAGGAGAUCUUGUCUUAAAAGAUAGGAUAGUUGUUUAUGACCUGGAUAAUCAACGCAUAGGAUGGACCGACUAUGAUUGUUCUAUGCCAGUCAACAUCUCUGUGACCCGGAGCAAGGAUAAAAAGAUUAAUCGUAGAACAAAACGAUCGGGUGCCAGCAGCUUAGAGAUAAGGAUUCUCAACACGUUAUUACAUGUAACCUUUGUAGCUUUUCUUAUGCACAUAUUAUAUUCUUCAUGA